AAUAAACACGGAGCGGCGGCAGGAGCAGGACUGACCUCCCCCCUCCCCGGUGCGCGCCAUCCAUGGUCCUCCUCUGGAUGUCUGUCUGACAGGAGGGUUGGUGUUACUUUGUUGAAUCGACAGAGGCAAGGCCCCCGAGUCAGAGGUGAAGAGAGCGAGACAGGAGUCCUCCUAGACAACAGGGGGCAGCAGCAGGCAUGCAGGACUCCGCCUCAGACAGCAAGAUGGCCAAACAGGAACUGAACUCCAAGCAUCUGGACGAACACAGGGAAACAGAUGAAAUGUCUGAGAAGACGUCGCCAAACAAGAACCUCAAAUCCCCCCAGAAAGGCUCCAAACGACUCAAAACUGCCCCCUUCAAAGUGACCCUGCUGGACUCCUCAGAGUUUGAAGGAGAAAUUGAGAAACACUCUAAAGGACAGACCCUGAUGGACAUGGUGUGUGAGCACCUCAACUUGCUGGAGAAGGACUACUUCGGUCUGACCUUUGCCGACACAGACACCCUGAAGAACUGGUUGGACCCCUCCAAGGAGAUCAAGAAGCAGAUGCGCAACUCUCAGUGGAACUUUGCCUUCGCUGUCAAGUUCUACCCUCCAGACCCCUCCCAGCUCACUGAGGAUAUUACCAGAUACUACCUGUGUCUGCAGCUGAGGGAUGACAUGCUGUCAGGUCGGCUGCCGUGCUCGUUCGUCACUCACGCCCUCUUGGGCUCCUACACCGUUCAAGCCGAGCUGGGAGACUACGACCAGGAUGACCACGGCUCUGACUACGUCAGCGAUUUCCGCUUCGCCCCAAAUCAGACCCGCGAGCUGGAGGAGAGGGUGAUGGAGCUCCAUCGAAACUACAAGGGGAUGACUCCCGCAGAGGCUGAAAUUAACUUCUUGGAGAAUGCGAAGAAACUGUCCAUGUACGGUGUGGACCUCCAUCAUGCUAAGGAUUCUGAAGGGAUUGACAUAAUGCUGGGUGUCUGUGCCAAUGGCCUGCUGAUCUACCGUGACAGACUGAGGAUCAACCGCUUUGCCUGGCCAAAGAUCCUCAAGAUCUCUUACAAGAGGAGCAACUUUUACAUCAAAAUACGACCUGGAGAGUAUGAGCAGUUUGAAAGUACAAUUGGUUUUAAGCUUCCGAACCACAGAGCUGCCAAGAGGCUGUGGAAGGUCUGCAUCGAGCAUCACACCUUCUUCCGGCUGGUGUCUCCAGAGCCUCCUCCUAAGGGCUUCUUGGUGAUGGGUUCAAAGUUUCGAUACAGUGGAAGGACACAGGCUCAAACCAGACAGGCCAGUGCGCUUAUAGACCGACCUGCUCCGCACUUUGAGCGCUCCACCAGCAAGAGGUACCUGCUGUCCAGGAGCUUGGACGGAGAGUUUUCGCGACCCGUCUCUGCCAUGUGUGAGAACCACGACAGCCUGUCCCACCGCAGCAUCAGUGAACAGCGCCGUCUCCACAGCCCGUCUGUGGACGAGCAGGAGACCGAGCUGGAGCCCAGUUUGGAGCAGGACGAGGAGGACAAGGACCAAGAGCCGGGCCAGGAGUCGGAGCAGGACAGAGACGAGGACGGCAAUGUCACUCCAAGCAGAAAGAAAGAGAUCAUGGAGGAGGCUGGGUCACCAGUUGACAGUAAACAGGAGUUUCUGGAUAAGUCUCAGGACGUCUUGCUGAAGCACCAGGCCAGCAUCAAUGAGCUGAAGAGAGCCCUGAGGGAGCCCAACAGUAAGCUGAUGAAUCGGGAGAAGCGUCUGUCCAUAACCUCCCCGACUGGCACGCCAGAGAAGAAGGCUUUGGUGGGCCGAGCGGUGGGAAAGGACCCUGUUAACAGCCUGUCUGUUGAGGGUUUCGUCCAGAAGACUAUGGUGACUUCACCCGAGGGCUCUGAGGAGUGGGUAUUGAUUGAAAAACAAGAAACUUAUCAACAAGACCAUGACUGGAAGGCAGAAGAAAAGAACAAAUCUCUCACAUCUGACUCCUCGUGGGAGAAAAAGGAGCUGGAAAAAGAGAUAGAUAUUACCAAGAUGAUACAUAAAGAGGUAACAGGGUAUGACAGAAAAGAAAUGAAAAGCCAUAUUGAUGAAUUUCCAUCAAGGAAACCGUCCAGUGAGGCAGAUGUGUGCUCUGAAUCUCGGCCGAGUCGUUUUGUGAUUCAAUUAUCUGAGAACGCAGACUCGUUUCAAGACAAAUCUCAAAGUAAACCAUCUCACACCUCAGAUCCCGAGGCAAACGAUGAUGUGGCCCCAGGCUCGCACCAGAUAAAGGAACGCACAGUUUCUAAACAGAGGAAAAAGAGGAGACCCCAGAGCUUAAACCUGGGAAUGCCUGCAGAGCUCAUCUACAGGAAAGGAGGCAGCGAUUCUACCGGAGAAGAAAACGAGGGCUCAGACUCAGACACUAGUCCAGAGAAAAUGUUUCAAACAGGAAAUCAUUGCGAGUCGUCCCCGGUGUUGGUGAAGAAAGAUGAUCAGGGAUCAGGGAAGGAUCAGUCUGUUAAGGCCUGUAAAGACGGCGAACAGGAGCAAGUCUCAAUAGUAGAGAGCAGGGAGAUCUCAUCUCAAGGUGCAGAGCAGGGGAACAGAAAAGUGAGUCAGGUUGGAACGACAGAUAUCGAUCUAAGCUCAGUGAACGGACCCGGAAAGAUAGAGCAUGAUAGUUCAUUAGCAGGUGUUAAAGGAGAGUGUGUGAUGAAGGUGCGAGGGAAGGGCCUUAUCGACAACAAAGAGCUAGCGGAGGUAAAACUGCGACAGGUCAGGACACACGAGAGAAAGAUCAGUAGCUCCGGGCCGGAGGAUAUUGAGGGUUUCGUGGGAGAAAGAGGUCAGAGGACGUCUCUCCACCGGCUGUCAGGCAGCAGCUAUCAGUCAGAGAUCACCAGGAUCGUUCCUCUCAAGCCAGAGCGCUCAAAGAGCGUAGCGUGUAAGGAUGAAAGGGACAGGACAGGACAGGAGGAUCCAGCCCGGGCCAUCAGAAGAGAAUACCGCUGGUCAGUGGGCUCUCCGGAGGGAUCCUCAGACCUCAACUGGACGGACGUCUCCACCUUCCAUUCAGCGUUUCCAACAGAUCUGGAGGGAAAUGCUAAAACAGAACAGCCUGACGACAGCUAUCAGCCUGGCAGAGGACCUACAGAGAGUCAGUCAUUUGGCUCAAAGAUUUCAGCGCUUCCCAAAAUGGCUCCCCCGGCCCCACCAGUGAAGACGCAGAAGGCCAGGGAGUCGGGUCUGAUACUGCGGAACAGCCGAAAUGCUGGCAGGGAGCCGAGCCUGGACGCAGCCAAGAAGAGACAUUCGGAGCCCGUCUCUACUCCUGCCAUUUAUGAAGAGCCGUUUGCUGAUUUCAAGAAGGAGCUUGGGGACAGGAGGCCCCAGCCGAGUAUAGCAUCCGAGGAAGAGCAGGAGCGGGACACCGUGGCCUGCAUGAGGGAAACCCACCUUGGCAUCGAGCGCAAGUGCUCCAGCAUGACAGUCAGCUCCACCUCCAGCCUGGAGGCCGAGGUCGACUUCACCAUCAUCACAGAUCUCCACUCUGGAGUGGAGGAAUUCUCUAAAGGCAUGUUGGAGCUGGAAGAGAGGGAGCGACAGCCCGAGGUGGGCCGGGAGGACUUUGAGGAGACCUCCAGGUUCUACUCUGCCCGUCUGAUGGGCUCCCGGGACAAGUCUCCCAUAGAGGAGAAACUUCCCGAGGAGGGAACACAUCAUGAGCCUCCUGUGGCAAAGAAAGACCCCAAUGCCGUGAGCGUGGCCCAUAUGCUGAAGAGGACCGACACCAAGACGGAGAUGCAUACGAAUGGAUCAGAGGUCCACGCCAACAUCAUGAAUGUCUCACCGCAGAACUACGGAGUUGUCAGCCCACAGGAGGCUCAUGUUGCCCUUAAAGAAAAUGGCUCCCCUGUAAAAGCCAGCACCCAGGGGAGGGAGUCCGUUGUGUCCCCGCUGACCAUCACUGCUGAGAACGUCACCUCAGCAACCACAACUCAAGUUACCAAGACUGUGAAAGGAGGCUACUCAGAGACCAGAAUCGAGAAGAGGAUUAUAAUCACAGGAGAUGAUGAUGUGGACCAGCAUCAGGCCCUCGCCAUGGCGAUCCAGGAGGCCAAGCAGCAGCACCCCGACAUGCUGGUGACAAAAGCAGUGGUUAUCAGGGAAACAGAGUCUCCCACUGAGGAGCUGCAGCAGAAAGCAGAGUCCUGAUUGGUCAUGGCGGCUCCUGAGACGGGGAGACACGAGACGAUCCCUCCAGCUGUGUGUCUCCUGCCCCACCCUGCAGUACGCCACCAAGAGGACUCUCUACCCCACUGUGUACACACCAACACGAGACCAGACUGCGCUCCAUGAAGCAGUCAGUAGACCUUCACUCCUGUCCCUUUAGACAAACCAACUGUGACCAGGCCUCCCGUCCUCCCCCGGCCCAUCCCAGCCCUCCACCUCCUCACGGAACAGGAAGCGAAGAGUCUCCUAUUGGAUAAUUUACCGCUCUGAGUGAUGCGAGGUUGAAAGAGAACCCCAGUCACAGCUGUUCCUAUUUGAAUUCACUUCUGUUAAGAGUCAUUCGUCUUAAACUUUGCUUGCAUCUUAUUUAAUCUAACGCAUUUUUGAACCCUCAGGAUCAUUUCAAUCAUUGACUUUUUAACCCUAAACUCCACAGCCCCAACACCUUCCCCUCAAAAACAAUCUUCUUUCUAUUUUAAGGUCACAAAUAUCUUCCCUGUGCUACUGUCACAUAUGAAAUGAGUAUAUAAGAGAAGAGGACAGCUGAGUCAAAGUAUGGGGACAAUGCUGGUG